AUGGCCUCAAUAGCAGAACAAUCAUACAACAUGUUUCCGACAUCCACUGGCGACCGUGACUUCCUGCUGUAUUCCGGGGAACAAGCAGGAAGCUAUGCUUCACCACCAAUGGAGCAAUAUAGCCCACAAGGCUUUGGGUUUCCUCAGACCACCGGCUUUGAAGUAAAUCCUUUAUACGCAGAGGCACCGCGUAUGUUCUAUGAUACGACUGGUUCACCAGUCGCAUAUCAAGAAGAUGGCGAACUGCGGUUACCCUCGUCUAACCGAUCAACUACCUCCGCAUCAUCAUCCAAUAUGGGCUCGCCACAAUCCAACCAUGGGCAACUGGCAUAUGUUCCUGAAUACACCCAUAACACGCUUGGCGUAAAUCCAAGCAUAGUACACCACGACUACUAUACCGGAACGGAGUACACGACAUAUGUCCCUCAAGCCAUCGAAGGCUAUGAGUUGGCAUAUACAGACAGCAAACCAGGAUUUGUUGAUCCCUCUCUGAUCCAUCCUGAGAUCCGGGGACCCAUGGGGCCACCGAUGCAGGGAUACGAGCAUAACCCGUAUCCACAAUCACCGGCUCUGUCAGGAGCCACCUCCCCUGUGCCGGGUAUCAGAAAUGGCAGUGCAUCGCCAUACGUCCCUGGGUUUCAAUAUAGUCCGUUUGCUGUUCCUCAGCAGGAUGCCAGGCGUCCAAGCAUGUCCUCUUUCCAGUCACCUCAGGAGUAUUCUUACAGCGGUGACGAGUUGAAGGAGAAGCAACGGUGCCCACAUCCCGACUGCGGGAAGACUUUCAAGGAUUUGAAAGCCCACAUGCUAACGCAUCAAAAUGAGCGUCCAGAGAAGUGUCCAAUCCAGACAUGCGACUACCACAUCAAGGGUUUUGCGCGCAAGUAUGACAAGAACAGACAUACCUUGACCCACUACAAAGGGACAAUGGUGUGCGGCUUCUGUCCUGGAUCCGGGUCGGCGGCUGAGAAGUCAUUCAACAGGGCGGACGUCUUCAAACGUCAUCUGACAGCCGUUCACGGCGUUGAGCAGACACCACCCAACAGCCGCAAGAAGUCUUCGUCCGCAAAUAGUGGUAAGAAGUUGAGCAGUUAUGCUUCCGAUGCCACUGGCAAGUGCUCGACUUGUUCAGUGACUUUCUCCAAUGCACAAGACUUUUAUGAGCAUUUGGACGACUGUGUUCUCCGCAUCGUUCAACAAGAAGACCCUGCCGAAUCUGUCAACGCAAGACGGCUAGCUGAGGUUGAGAACGACAAGGAUGUCCACCAGACAUUGGAGAAGAACUCUCUGCCUCUUACUACGCAAACGACUAGCUACUCCGACAUGGAUGAUGAUGAUGACAUGGAUGAUGACGACUUUGACGAGGACUUCAAGGGAAAAAGGCCUUCACCCAGGAACAGAAAGGGUAACCCUGUCAAUGGUGUGCAGAAGUCGCGGGGCAUGACACACUCUCGUGGUGGUGUUAGCUUGAGCAGCAAGUCCAAGAGUCGAAAGAACCGUCGUGACUAUCCUUCGUCCUGGGGCUUCGAUAAGGGUCAGAUGACCAUGAAGAAGCGAGUCAUGACGGUUUUUGACGGUUCUCGUCGCCUCGCCAAGGAUGACAUGAUGUUAUCAACUGAGCAAGAGGUACGCAUCAAGCUUGCCGAUGGCAAGUCGUAUGUGACCGACCUGGAUGUACAAACAAUGAAGCGCGCGCAAGGCUUCCUUGAUGCUACCGAAGAGGAGAAAGGCAUCUGGAUUUCAGAUGACCCCACAGAGGAGGACAUGCGCAAGAUGCUUGAGCUUGCUGGUCAAUAA